GCGCCAGCUGCACGCUCAGGAGAUGAAGGCGGCGGAGAGUCGGCGCGCGCAUGCACUGGCGGUGGAGGUGGCGGAGCUGAAGCAGCAGCUGGCCGCGUUGCAGGCGCCCGAUGACAAAUCGCCCAGCAGCCUCUCGCAGUGUACGCCGCGCAGGAGCACCUCUGACACUGGCAGCCUCCAGGAGGUGCAUGUGAGCUCGGUAAAGGAAGCCUUUGAGGCGAUGUCGUCCUCUGGCGGCUGGUCAGUGUACGAUAACAGGGUUGCGCGCCGCGUCAGUGCUGGAGGCAGCUCUGCCAGCGCGGAGCUUUGCUGCAAAAGAGUUUUUAACCGAAAAAGAUGCAAGGGGGCACUUCCGGCAGUUGGGGGAAAAAUUCGUGCAGCCUGGAAUGGCAGCAAAUGCAUCGUUGCAGGACGAGAAUGGGAAUCUUGGAGCAACGUGCUCUUGUAGUUGGGUCCUACAUCUGACAGUUAAACAGAGAGUAUGACAUGGAGUAGAAAUGUUACUGAUUUGAUAGAGUGUGGGUUUAUUUGACUUUGACCUUUCCGUGACGCAGUCACUGUUUGUAUGACAGCAAACACACUGUUUCGCACCUGAAAACUGCAUAGUGUAAACCUAUAGUUUGGUAGAGUUGCAUUAGCUUGUAUGCACCGCACCCUCUAGAGAAGAGUGGAUAAUUUGAAUUGGACUGUGACUGAGGGCACUGCUUGAAACGACAUGCCAAUUUUGUUAUGAAGUUCAUAGUA